UUGCUAAAUAGUAAUUGUUGAUUAUCAGAUACCCAAUCACGUAGAAUAUAUCACUGAUCAACUCCCACUUAACCGCGAUAUAUAUAACGAGCAGACCGUUCACAAUACUCAUUGAAAGUAAGACCUUCGUCGUAGAUGAACAUAACUUCUGUUAAGCUUAUUUGACGCGAAAAAAAAUAAUUUUAAAUAAAAAUGAAUAAAAUUCAAAAUAAAACUGCAUUGAUUACCGGUGCAGCAUCUGGGCUUGGAUACAAAUAUGCUGAAGAUUUGUUAAAAAAUGGUGCCAAGAGCGUAGCUCUUCUGGAUUUAUCCAGUUCAAAAGGUGUUGAAUCUGCAGCAACCUUAGAAAAAGAAUUUGGUAAAAAUAAAGCAAUCUUUGUACCUUGCGAUGUAUCAAAUGCUGCACAAUUCGAAAACGCAGUAAAAAAAGUUAUUUCUGUCUUCCAUACAAUUGAUAUAUUCAUUAACAAUGCUGGAAUUUUAAAUGACGAUCGUUGGGAAAAAAUGAUUGACAUUAACGUCACGGGUCUCAUUCGUGGAUCCUAUUUGGCUUUAGAUCACAUGAGUAAACAAAAUAAUGGCAAAGGUGGAGUCAUUGUAAACAUUGCUUCUAUUGUUGGAAUUUGUUCGGAAUUUCCAGUGCUUCCCGCUUACACGGCAACUAAACAUGCUGUAAUUGGAUUCAGUAGUACUUUAAAACAUUCGGAAGAGUAUACUGGUGUCCGUGUGUUGAUUAUGUGUCCUGGUGUUACAAUUACAAAUUUGUUUGACGGUGGAGAAAAGAAUUAUUGCAAAUAUACCGAUUUUAAAGAAGCAAGUAGACUUCUAGAAAAAUGCCCUAAGCAAACGGUCGACAACGUCUCGCGAGCAAUGAUGGAUCUCAUUCAAAAAGGCAAAAAUGGUGCCAUUUGGGUUAGCGAAGGCGGAGAACCACCUUAUGAAGUUAAUAUUCCUCAUUACAAGGAACUUUCUGUGCCAGUAGAUAAAUUACUCGUGCAUAAAUCUUUAUGCAUAACAAAUCGAAAAUAUAAUAAAUCGACAAACUUUACGCCAAGUAUUAUUCAUCAACGUUACGAACUCGUUCGAAAAAAAUUCAGUACGAAACGUAAGAUAAAAAUGCAAAUAAAGGACAAAAGAGCUAUCGUAAUAGGAGCAGCAAGUAAUUUAGGGUUGGCUUUUAGUAGAGAAUUACUACGUAAUGGCGUAUCCACAGUUGUUAUGAUUGACAAUCGCGAUAAAGAGGGAACGACGGCGAGAGAGAAAUUGAAUUUUGAAUUUGGCAAAAAUCGAGCAAUUUUUCUUCACUGUGACGUCACGCGUAAUACCGAUUUCAACGUUACAUUUAAGGAUGCUAUCAAUAUUCUUGGCGGUCUCGAUAUAUUAAUCAACAACGCUAGCAUAAUAAAUGAAGCUGACUUUACAAAAGCUAUCGAAGUAAACGUGACAGCUCUGAUCCGUUCCACGUUACUGGGAAUACAACAAAUGCGUCGAGAUUUAGAUGGUAAUGGUGGUGUAGUACUUAAUAUUUCCUCGAUAGCAGGUUUAUGGGCUUUACCAGAAUUUCCAGUUUAUUCCGCAACCAAACACGCUGUGGUGAACUUUAGCCGUUCCUUUGCGCAACCUUAUCAUUAUCAAAGGACUGGCGUGAGAAUCAUAGUACUCUGUCCAAGCUUGACCGAAGCUAAUCUCGAAGAUUUUCGAAAGAACCUUAGCGAUCCACAAGUUUUGUUCAAAUAUCAACCACAAAGGGUCGAAUUAAUUGCUCACGGAUUAGUAUAUGCGAUUAGGUGUGCUCAGAAUGGAAGUAUAUGGAUUAGCGAACAAGGCAAACCUGUUUACGAAGUUCAAUUGUCCGAUAGUUUACCACAGAAAACGGAACAAACGAUAGAACAAAUGUUUUAUUUCAAAAAAAAAAAAAAAAAGAAAAUAAAAAAUAAACAACAAAUAAAAUUGAAAAAUAAAGUAUAUUAUAAACGUUUACUCAUCGAACGAUUCAUUCGUUCACAUCAGAUUUAUUUAUGCACGAUGUCUUUAUUUAGCCAUUUAAAAAAAAAAAGAAAUAAAGAAAAACAAAAAAAUAAUAAUUCAAACAAUUUACUUAAAAUAAUCUUUUCAGAUUCACGAAUGAACAGAAGACGUUCCUCGGCCUCGGAAAGGGCCAAGGAAUUGGAAGAAAUCAAAGGUUUCGUAUCUGGUAAAAAUAUUUUAAUCACUGGCGGUGCAGCUGGUUUAGGGUACGCUUUCGUCAAUCAUUUUCUAAAACACGGAGCAAACAAAAUAACGAUACUCGAUAUAGACGGAGAAACCGGUAAGAGAAUUGCCUUGGGUAUUGAAAAGUCAUACGGAGAAAAAAAAGUAUAUUUCAUUCAAACCGACGUAGCUAAACACGAACAGUUAAUAGAAUCCUUCGAGGAAGCUUCAAUGUUAAUGAAUGACAUAGAUAUAGUAAUUAAUAAUGCUGGAAUACUUGACGAACGACGUUGGGAACGUGAAAUUGCUAUUAACAUUACUGGAAUGAUCUCAACGGCGAUGUUGGCUGUAAAACACAUGAGCAGAGAAAAAGGUGGACAUGGUGGAAUAUUGGUAAACAUCAGUGAACACAUGAACAUUGCUAAUACUGCACAGCUUCCAGUUUAUGCAGCAACAAAACACGCCAUUAUCGGACUAUCGCAAUCUCUCGCAGAUCCUGAUAAUUAUGAAAAAACAGGAAUACGUGUAAUCACAUUGUGUCCUGGAUUAACAGAAACCGGGUUAACAGUUGACAGUCCAAACAAGUUAUUAUCCAGAGUAAUGAAAGCAGAUUUCGUUAAGAAUUUAGAACAGAUACCAACGCAAACACCAUACGUCGUCGCACAGGGUUUGUUAAAUGUUCUACGGUUUGGUGAAUCCGGUAGCAUUUGGGUUAUCGAAAGUGGCCGUCAACCUUAUGAAAUUUAUGUACCGGAUCCUCGUACUUUGCGCCGACGUUACAAAAACAACAACAUAACGUGCGUCGAGAGUAAAAUUGGAAAAAAUCGUACGACAAAUAAAACUUGCGAUAAUGAAACAAGAACGAGUGUUAUUUGCAGUUGACUGGAAUAUAAAGAGUUUAACGACGACACGUUGAAAUAGUGCACAUUUUUUUGACAUACUUUGUGUUGAGAAACGAAGACGAGAAAAAAAAAAAAAAUAAGUGGAAUGAAUUUUUCUCCCUUUUUUUUAAAACAAGGAAAUGUUUUUCGUACACGCCAACUGAGGCGCAGAUUCGGGAAUAGGAAAUAAAUGUUCUGAAAAUGUUCGGACGCAAGGAACACAAUGAGAAAUAAAUAACUAAUAAGAUACAAAAAGUAAGAGGUCGAUUAUACUAUUACAAAGAUCAUACACCGCGUAUUAUUAUUUCAUCAUUUCAGUAUUAUUCAUAGCAUUGGGAUUCACAAUAUCCGCUGUACAAAACAAAAACUUAUCGUUGGAAAAUCGCGUACAUCGUGUAAUAAUAUUCUCCCCACGCGUAAUGCAGGAAACUUAAAACAUAUAUCUUUUUUUUUUUUCUUCUUCUUCUUCCUUCUUCUUCUUAUUUGUCUACUUUUAUUAUACACACGGUUUGUGUUUUUCAUUAUUUUUUUUUUUUGUUUUUUUUCUUUUUUAAUUUUUUCGUAUUAUUAUUUUUUUUUUUAUUCUCUUAAUUAUUUAUUUGGCCGCACUGCCGAUAGACUAUGAAGAUUUACGACACUUUUUUUUUUUUUCUUCCUUAUUAUCAUUCUUAUCGUUAUCAUUAUUACUUUAUUAUAAUUAUUAUUAUCAAUACGUUAUCAUUAUCAUCAUCAUUAUCAUCAUGUUCAUCAUUAUUAUUAUCAUCAUAUAUAUAUAUAUGUAUGUAUAACUAAAUCUUGGCUUAUGUUAUGUAUACAAUUGUAUAUAUGCGUGAAUCUCGGCAAGAGCCAUAGAAAAAUAACAGUCGCAAAUAAUACACAUACUUUUUGCUUCCAUCGCAUUAUUAUUACACCGUUAUCUUUCUUUUUCUUACUUUUGUUUCUUCCUUCUUCUCCUACUCCUUUUCCUCGCUUAAAGGGCAUUAAUUUUAUUCUCCUUGUUCAUCUCAUUUUUUUUUAAUUAUAUUUAUGAAUUUCAAUGAUGCAAAUUCGUCGGGCAUACAGAUAAAUGCGAAUCAUGAUCGAAUUGCGUAAAAACAAAAUUAUAUAUAAUACAUACGCAUGAUUCACAAUUGUUCAUUAGUUCGAUCGAAUAAGAUAUUAAUGAAUUUUACUUGAUACAUAAAAAUUGAAUAUAGAAAUACAGGUAAACCCAGAUCGAGGGAAAAAGGAGGGAAAAGAACAAAAAAAAAAAAAAAA